AUGUCAACCGAUAACUUAUUUGAAGAUAUUGAACAAGAUAAUAAUCCAUCAUUCUAUGGCAAUCCUUCUAUAUUGAAUGAUCCAUAUCGUCCGAUUCAACCACCACCACCACAACAACAACAACAACAGCAUCAAGAAAAUGAAAGUAAACAAUCACAUACUAAAUCACCCAAACCGCCACUCCAAUCAAUACAUUCUGGUACUUCAAAUGCACAUCCCCAACUGCAACCACAACAUAAGCAUAAACAUAAACAUAAUACUCUGCUCAAUAAUGGUUAUCCUAAUGAAUUGGUCAACAGUACUAUUGGAUUAUCCAAUAGAAUUCUUGAAUUAUUAAAUGAUUCUCAAUUGCAAGUAGAUAUAAUAAAUUCCGAAAAACUUGUCAAUUCAUCGGUCAUUGUUUAUACUAUAGAGUUAUCAUCACCAACAACGAAAAUAGUUGUUAAAAGACGAUAUAGUGAAUUUAAAUCUUUGAGAGACAAUUUAUUAAAAUUAUUCCCGACAUUAAUAAUCCCACCCAUUCCAGAAAAGCAUUCGAUAUUAAGUUAUUUACUAAAUACAAUCAAUCAUUCUCAUGAAAUUUCCAUAAUUGAAAUGAGAAAACGGUAUUUCAAAAUGUUUUUGGAUGAUUUAAUAUUCCAACUGGAUUAUAAAUUGAAAAAUUGUCCACUUUUACAUAAAUUUUUCGAUCCUAAUUAUGAAUUAUGUUGGUAUAAUGCAUUAAAUGAACCACCAGUGAGUCUUAUCCCUGAUAAUUUAUUAUUAGCUAAUCCUAUUAAUCCUGCUGAUCAAAAUGGGUUAUAUUCAUUAUUACCAAUUGUUAAUGGAUUUGAUUUCAAUUCUCAUAUUGAUAAUUUAUCUAAUUUGAAAAAAAUUAAUGAAGAUUUAUAUAAAUUAAAUGAUCAAGUGAAAUUAUAUGAAUUGAAAGGAUUUGAACAAGAUUUAGAAUUUUCUAUCCCGGAAGAAUUGAUUCAAUUUGAAAUUAAAUUUCAUCAAACAAUUAAAAUUUUAACUGAUUUAAAUAAAUUAAAUUCUAAAACAACGAAAAAUUAUAAAAGUAUGGUUGAUACUUUAAUUGAUUUAGGUGGUAAUUUAAAUAAUUUUUCAUUACAGGUUUAUCAACAGAAAUCAGGUAGUAAUAAUGAAUUACUGGAAGCCAUUGAAAAAUUUGGUUCAACUAUGGAUCAAUCUUUUCUUAAUUUUGAAAGUUUUAUUUUAAAUCAAUUGGUUCCACAAUGGCAAGAACCAGUUGAUCAAUUGAUAUUAUACCUUCAAAAUUCUUUAGGCUUAAUAAAAUUUUACAAGUAUAAGAUUGUUCAGUUUAAAAUCUUGUAUAAACUUAAGUUUAACAAGUUUCAACAAUUGAUAAAUUUAACUAAUAUUGGUGGUGUUAGUAGUAGUGGUAGUGGUGGUGGUGGAUUAUUAGCUUCAAGAAUAUCAACUGAUAAUGACAGUAAUAACAGCAAUAACAGUGGUAACAACAACAAUGAUGGAGAUUUAGAUACAGAAAAUUUUGAUCAUUUGAAGGAAUUGAACAGUCCAACAAUCAAUAAUGCAUUGAAAAAUUUAUCAACGAAAAAGAUAUCUAAAAAAUCAUCAUGGUACGGGUUAUUUGGUGGGAAUAAUCAAACCAAAAAAUUCAAUUUCCAACUCCCAAUUGAAGAACCAACAACUGCAACAGGAUCCACUGAACAACAGUCGCAGCAACAACUGGCACCUAAUUCCCCACAAAGGGAACAACAACAACAACAGUCACAGUCACAGUCCCAUCAUCUGCAUCAAACCUCAAUUAGAUUCAAACUCAAUCAUAUAGAAAAAGAAUUGAAUAAACUCAAUCAAUUGAUAGAGUUGUGUAAUCAAGAUAUGCAUAAAUUGACUGAAGCUUUAGUCAAUACCUUUGAAGAAUUUUUACUGAAAAUAGAACGGAAAUGGUUACAAUUAAUGAUAACUUAUAUUCAAAAUUGUAAAAAUAUGUUUGAAGCAAAUUUAACUAAUUGGAAAGAAUUUAAAGAAUCUUUAGUUAAUGAAACCAGAGAAGUGAACUAG